CUCCACGCGAUAUCUAUACACAGGCAAUGCAUAUGUUCCAGAAUUUGAAAUUGGUUGUUACAACCUUCCUGUUAACAAACGUGAAUGCUGAUGGCAUUACAAAAGACUUCAUCAAGAAGUUCAAUACGUAUAAUGAAGUAUGCAGAGGAAUGGGAUUUAAGGACGGAACUUGUCAAGCAAGUGAAAAAAGUAUAAUUGCUUUCCAUGCGCGCACUUCAAAGGGUCUUCAUAACCUGGCAUCAAAUGCCGUGGUUGUGUUUGGAAGAGUAACGCUUAAUGUUGGAUCAGCAUAUGAUGGGACGACGGGGAAAUUUACAGCACCUCGGGACGGCAUAUACUCGUUUACAUGGACCGGUGUGACUGCAGCCGGGAGCUGGUUCAACACAGUGAUCGUCCACAACAAUAACCUCAUUGCCUACAACAUCGCUGAUGGGAAUGCUGGAAGUCGCACAAUGUCAUCGGGAUCCGCCACCGCAAUCAUAAAGAUGAAAAAGGGUGACAAAGUUUGGAUACGACCCAAAGGACGCGAGGCACGUGCUGGCUAUGCUGACUGGUGUUCAUUCUCUGGUUUUCAAUUGUUUUAA